AUGUCGACCAUCUUCACCAGACAAGAGGGACCUCCCACACCGCCACAAGAGGGUAAAGUGCAGACCGUUCAGGUACAUGCGUUGCAAGCUGGCCAUUUGACCCUGCCGGAACGCUUCUUCGUCAAUCCCGCAGAUGAAACUGCAAGGCGGACAGUGCCGUCUCUUGCGUUCCUGAUCCAGCACCACGACCCCGAGACCGGCCAUACAUCCCGAAUUUUGCUCGACUUGGGAAUUCGAAGGAGCGUUUCACGGUACCCGGAGCCUAUCCAAAACCAUAUCGCUACUCGUCAGCCGUUGACAACCGACCCUGAUGUGACGAAAAGUUUGGCCGCUGGAGGUUUGACUCCCGAGGACAUCGAUUACGUGAUCUAUUCCCAUGUACAUUGGGACCAUGUUGGAGAGCCAAGGGACUUUGAGAAGAGCACGUUCGUGGUAGGCAACGGCGCGCUUGAGUUGCUUAGCGGCUCAUCCGCUUCGCUGCGCGGCAGCCAUUCGUUCUUCGAGUCCGAUCUCCUUCCAGAAGCUAGGACCAUUGAGCUUCGGAAUCCAUAUGAGACCGACUCACCAAGUUCAAGCCAAGAUUUGGCAAAGAUGACCACUGGUCCCAACUUUCACCAAUCAUGGAGACCCCAAGGACAUCUCCCUAGAGUCCUUGACAUUUUCAACGAUGGCAGUGUGCUUAUCGUUGAUGCGCCUGGCCAUCUACCAGGCCAUAUCAACAUUCUCGCCAAGACUGGGCCUGUGUCAAGCGUCUACCUUGCUGGCGACGCGUGCCACGAUCGGAGGAUCAUGCGCAAGGAGCGAGAGAUUGGAGAGUGGAGCGAUGCCGAAGGUCAUAUUUGCUGCAUUCACGGUGACAAGAAGGUCGCGGAACAAACCAUUGAACACAUCCGCCAAUUGGAGAAGCAGGGCGUUGAAGUCAUUUUCGCACAUGAUGUCGAGUGGGAAGAGAAUCCUCAAAAUGCGGGAAGGUUCUUCGGUAGCAAGUAG